UCGACAAGAAACAAAUUAAACUCGUUCUAAAAAAAAAAAGGCGUCUUUCCUAACAAUUUCGGACGGCUUUUAUAAUUUCUGUCGAUCUUCCCGUCGGUAAAUGUAGUCUCUUCAGCUCGAGCUUUGCAGACUUCAAAGAACACAUAGAAAGAGAAACUUCAUCUUCUUCAACCCCGAAAUGUCUUCUUCUCUAACCUGUAUUAGGCUAACGCUAUUCACCGUGGCAGCUGUUGCUUUUCAGAUCAUUGGACUCUCGUUUUUCGUCUUCGGCUUCUUCCCCGUCAAACCUGCACUCUCCGGUGACAGUGGUUCGGAAAGUUUUCAUGCGCCCACCUGCUAUUCAAUGGGAAACGAGAGUGUGAGAGAUCUGCCUCCUUAUGACCUCCAAUCUCUAUAUCAGGAAUUAUCUGGGCUUCCUCCUUUGUUUGACCGACUUAUUUUAAUGGUUAUUGAUGGUCUUCCAGCAGAAUUUGUGCUUGGAAAAGAUGAUCGGCCUCCGAACAAGGCUUUGAUGGAAGCUAUGCCAUACACUCAGUCAUUGUUGGCAAAUGGAAUUGCAAAAGGUUACCACGCAAAGGCUGCACCUCCAACUGUUACGAUGCCCCGUCUGAAGGCUAUUGUAUCCGGAGCUAUCGGAGGAUUCCUUGACGUGGCUUUCAAUUUCAAUACUCAAGCUCUACUUGAUGACAAUCUUCUUGGUCAGUUUUCUAAAGUUGGUUGGAAAAUGGUGAUGUGUGGAGACGAAACAUGGCUUAAACUGUUUCCGGGGCACUUUAUGAGGCAUGAUGGAGUUAGCAGUUUUUUUGUUAAAGAUACUGUAGAAGUGGACAAAAACGUUUCUCGACAUUUAAGCUAUGAGCUUAGCAAGAAUGACUGGAAUCUUCUAAUUCUUCAUUAUUUAGGCUUGGACCAUGUUGGGCAUACUGGUGGUCGAAACAGUCCCUUAAUGGCUCCAAAACUUAUGGAAAUGGAUGAAGUGGUGAAGAUGAUUCAUGCCAGUGCCAUCAUGAACCCAGAUGAUAAAAGGACGCUUUUGGUUGUAGCGAGUGACCAUGGGAUGACUGAAAAUGGCAAUCAUGGUGGGUCAUCGUAUGAAGAGACUGAUUCUCUUCUUCUUUUUAUUGGAUCAAAAAGUCAUGCCACCCACUUCUCAUCAAUUAUCAGCAAUGAUGUCAACCAGGUUGACAUUGCACCAACACUAGCUCUUUUAUUUGGUGUGCCAAUUCCCAAAAACAACAUUGGUGUCAUGAUUCCAGGAGUGAUCGACUUUUUGAAGGAUACGCACCAACUGAGGGCACUCCAAUUAAAUUCUUGGCAAUUGCUUAGAUUGUUACAAAAGCAGGUACCUGGUUUUCCAUGUGGAAGUUUCCCAUGUGAUGGCUUUUCAGGCGAUCAAGGAUAUAAUAGUAAUGAUAUUAUGGAGAAGUUCUGCCGGCUUUAUUUGCGUUCUGCAUUUCUUCAUGAUUCCUGGAUAUCAACGGAACUCUCCAGGUCUGAUAACAGAGAAGAAAAAAGUGAAAUUAUUGCAGCAUACUAUGAGUUUCUGAUAAAUGCAAACCAAUGGUUAUCACAUAAAGCUACUGAUAAACCUUCUACAGUUAUUGUUUUUGGAGUGAUGUCAAUGUUUCUAUCAUUUCUGAUAUUUUCUAUUUCCAUUUACUCUAUUAUCCAAGAAAGUUAUUCUGGAGAAAAGCAACUGUCCAAUGGUAUCUUUACCCAGCAUCUCGAUGAGGGUUUUUCUCUAUCCGUAAUAUUCAUCCUGGUGAUCAGUAUGGGAUCCAGUUCCAUGGUUGAGGAAGAGCAAUAUAUUUGGCAUUACUUGAUCUCUACAUUGAAUUUGCUUUUCCUUCGUAAAACAAUGCAGUUCUUUAAAAAAGAAAGCACAUGUCGUUUUUUCAAUUUGUUCAAUGGACAUGGAAAAGUUUGUAUAAGGAUAUCUUCCAUCUUUACCCUCCUUAUCACUGGAAGGAUUUUAAGGGGUUGGCAUCAAGGAGGUGUGAAUUGGACUCAUCUCCCAGACAUAUCCAAAUGGCUUGAACAGUCGGGGACUGAUCUUCAGCUGAUUCAAUUGAUUGCUGUCAUCCUUACAACCAUACUAAUCUUAUUUUCUCUAUCUUUAUUAGGAAGGGGAAUGAAAAUUGUUCUAGUUGUUGGAUUUAACUUUUUGAUGUCGGGAUUGCUAGUGUUUUAUCAUAUCUUGAGAUAUCAACACAAUGCAUCACUACCAUCCAGCAAUGCUGCUACCUCAUUAGCACAAAUAAUUUAUGCAACUCUUGGUGUUUCUACUGUCGGGACUGUUCUGGCUGUACCAUGGAUUAUGCCUAUUCAAAUUUCAAAGGCAUGUUGUAGAGAUCGCAAUGACAACUCUGCAGUCUCUUAUCCUUUAAAAAUUGGGAGUCAAUCUCAAUAUCCAGAACUGAUAUAUUCUUUACAUAUUAUCGGGUGGGUGUACAUAGGGUCUUGGUGUCUUCUGCAGUUGCUGCUUCAACAACCAGUUAACUCAGUAGUUACGUUACUCAUUCUGAUGCAGAUUUUUGCCAGCUUUCUGUUUUUUUCUCAAGGGAUGCUGCAGCAGAAGCAAUGGGUUGAGUGCGCAGGCAGCCUCGUCGGUUGUUUGGGGAAGCACCAUGUUUUUGAUCAUGUUGCUGUGUUGUACUAUAUAGGAAUGGCUGGCCAUUUUGCGCUGGGGAAUAGUAAUUCUCUAGCUACAGUCGACGUUGCUGGAGCUUUCAUUGGCAUUUCAAACUACUCAGCGUUACUUUCUGGCAUAUUGAUGUUCAUCAUCACCUAUGCAUCACCGACACUGCUGCUGCUAAGUAUGGUGAUGUAUAUCUCAAUUAAAAAUCUAGAAACUGCUGCCUCUCCUCAAAAUGUAGAUUCUGAACAUGUUCUAAAGAGGAUUCUUGGCCUUCCUUGUCUGGUUCCACUGACUAUCAAUUCGAUCUUGUUGAUCGCAUACACAAUAGUUCUGAUCUUAAUGAGGAACCAUCUCUUUGUUUGGAGUGUUUUCUCUCCAAAGUAUUUAUACGCAUGUGCCACGACUGUGUGUGUCUUGAUCGGAGUCUUUGUCGUGGCAACGACAGUAACCUAUGCAUAUAUGGUGUUGGCGCUGCGCAAAAAGUAUUAGAGGCUCCAUUGGUGACACGUGAUAAGAGUCCGAGUAUUCUUUCAGAUUCAUUGGACCUCUAUAGAAGGUUUUCACCGCACUACACAUUUUUAAAUUUUCAAAAUCAAUUUUGAGAUUGUUGUUGGUUACUGAUUACACAUCUAGCAACCCUGUUACAUGAUUGUCUAUCAAUUUUUUAGAACUAUUGCAUCAAGUUUAAACCUA